UCUACCCACUACUCAGUAUACUGUGGUACCUUAUCGCCGGUGGUCUAAUUAUUUGUCUCCAUCCGCUUACGGCUUUCUUUCAAAAAAAUAUUUUAAAUAUUCGUUAAUAAUGGCCGAUUCAUUUUUGCCCGCGAUUUUGGACUUGAACAGUUUACCCAUAGUACGCAUCAACCUAAACGUACCGCCUUUGGACCAAAUCAUCGAAGCCCUUUUACCGGAGCUGUUAAAAAAUUUUGAAAUCGUGAGUGUGGACGUGGUGCAAUGUCCCGACUUAACCUGUCCACCGUUCAACUUGGCUGCCGAAGGACUGAAUGGUGACGAAACGGUAAUCGACAUUGGUAGCCCGUCAUUCCUGCUGCCCUUAGUGAACUUAAAUAAGGUUUACGAUAUAAGAGACUUCACGAAAGUCACUGGGACAGACCCUAUAUUUGUCAUUGGAGCGGGUGCUGGUCCGUGGCCGUACGCGGGAGUCAACUGCGAAUUUAUUGGAAACGUAAAAAUGACUUUCAACAAUAGCGUAAACAAUAAUUGUUCUCACCUUUACAAAGUUGAUCCCCAGACUGAGAUUCAAGUGCACAACCGUUUGCCUCAAGACGAAACGCGAUUUGCGUUGUUGGCCAAUUUUUUUACUAGUCACGGUUUUAAAGGAAAGGUUUUGAGAAUAGUGUGCGAAACACGGAAGGGCCCAUUAGAUUUUGUGACGUCUAUCAGACAAGCAUUGGCAAAAUACUUUGGCAACAAACCGGUCGGUUUGGGUGGAGUGAUUUUAAUUGAAACAAGUAAAGUAAAAGUUCAUGUUAUGCGUGAUUUUUCAAAAACGCCCCUCCACUCUGAAACCGAUUUGAACAAUUGGCUAAAGUUUUUUGAAGUGGAUACGCCAUUAGUGGGUCUUGGUUAUCUUGUCUCUCACGAUCCGGGUUUGGAUCUAAGACCUCAACAUUUUCAUUUGUUCAGUAAUCACGGAGUGGGAGGACACUAUCAUUAUGACACAGAACCAACUACAGUGAAAUACACCGCCUAUUUGAAUGUGGCCAAAAAACUAAUCAGAGUUGACCAACCAGAAAUAGCACCUUUGUUUGGUAAAGAUUAGUUUUUCUGAAAAUAACAGUAUUGUUAAAUAAAUAAUAAUUCUUCAAAAAAAGUUGUUUUUAAUAAUGUAAACUGUAGGAUUAUAACAUUUACAAAUAUGUCAUGUUCUAAAUACUAAUUAGUUUUCCAUGUAAAUUUAUAUAGUUUUCAUAAUAAUGUUUAUUAUCUGAAAUAGUAUGGUAAAUUAUGCAUUAAUAUUUCUAU